AUGGGCGAUGGGGGCGCGGAGCGGGACCGCGGCCCCAAGCGCCGGGAGGAGCCUGGUGGCCGCAGCGGGUGUCGUGGGGAGCACCGCGGAGCGGAAGAUUUGCGUGCUGACACGGGUAGCGCGAGUCCGAGGGAGAUUGCUGGGACCUCCGCCUCCAGCCCCGCGGGCUCCAGGGAGAGCGGCGGGGACAGCGACGGACAACAGGCGCUCGGUGAGACGGACCACUGCCGCCGCAUCCUGGUACGAGAUGCCAAGGGGACCAUUCGGGAAAUUGUCCUGCCCAAGGGCCUGGACCUCGACCGACCCAAGAGGACCCGUACCUCCUUCACAGCAGAACAGCUGUAUCGUUUGGAGAUGGAGUUCCAGCGCUGCCAGUAUGUGGUGGGCCGAGAGCGCACAGAGCUGGCCCGCCAGCUGAACCUCUCUGAGACUCAGGUGAAGGUCUGGUUCCAGAACCGCCGCACCAAGCAGAAGAAGGACCAGAGCAGAGACCUGGAAAAGCGGGCAUCCUCCUCCGCCUCUGAGGCCUUUGCCACCUCCAACGUUCUGCGACUUCUGGAACAGGGCCGGCUGCUCUCCGUGCCCAGAGCUCCCAGCCUCCUAGCACUGAGCCCUGGCCUGCCAGGUCUAACCUCUGGCCACAGGGGCACCUCCUUGGGUGACCCCAGGAACUCCUCCCCACGCCUCAAUCCAAUGCCCUCAGCCUCAGCGUCGUCCCCUCUGCCACCCCCUCUGCCAGCCGUCUGCUUUUCCGCAGCUCCACUCCUGGACUUGCCCGCCAGCUACAAACUGGGGUCCUCGGCUUUUGAGCCCUACAGCAGACUAGAACAACAGAAAGUAGGCAGCCCUGGCCAAAGUGACAAGAAAGCUGACAUUUAAGAGUCCCAUCCCCAUGUGACACUGAGUCCCC